CCAUCAUCUACAGCUACACAUUUAUCCAGCUACAGAAGCUCUCUCUAUUGUGAAGAUAAUGUUCUAAUUCUUUGAUCAUGGGAGAAAACUCAGCUGCCGCCACCGUCUUUGCUGUGGCAGGCGCCAUCUGCUGGUCGCUCCAGCUUGUGCCGCAAAUUGUGCUCAAUCACAGGCGAAAGACGACCGAUGGCUUCUCAGGCCUUAUGAUGCUCCUAUGGGUCCUCGCCGGCUUACCACUUGGUAUCUACAACGUCAUACAAGACUUGAACAUUGGUCUACAAAUACAACCUCAGUCCUUUAUGGCGUUUGCGUUGGUGUGCUACCUGCAGACAUUUCACUACAGACUUGGUUGGACGUAUACAAAGUCCGGAGUCAUCUUUCUCAUGUCAGCUGCCAGUCUAGCUGGCCUUGAAGUAGCUGGGAUUGAGCUCCUCAAGCUUGGUCGACGCAAUGAGGUUGAAUGGCCCGUCACGCUUGUCGGCGUUUGUUCAGCAGUGCUCAUCAAUAUCGGGCUCUUGCCACAAUACUGGGAAAUUUACAAACGACGUGCAGUGAUCGGCGUGUCCUACUUCUUCCUCUCAGUCGAUACGGCCGGUGCAGUGUUCAGUUUCAUUGCCGUCGCGCUUGCCGAUGAGUGGGACGUUCUAGCGGCCGUCUCGUAUGGUCUUUUGGCACUUGAAGAACUCGUCAUCUUUGCACUUGGCUUUGCAUUCUGGCUGCGCGACAGACGGCGUCGCAAAGCAGGUCGGAUUGCAACGACUGAUGAGGAGACUGAGAUCGAGGAGAUUUGUCAAACAGAGAGUCUGACGCGAUUGCCAGGGCCAGAGGCUGAGCCGGACAAGAUAAUCAGUGAACACGGCAAGGUUGAAGCACUGAAAGACGAACGCUGAGUGGAGUCUUCCUUGUCAGAGCAAUCAGCAAGCGCAGCCAGAAAAUCGCCAUUGGUUGGCUCUGGUAGAAAGACCGGUCCUGAGUACCAGAGUUACGGUUUAUCGGCUGGACCGCCUGGCGCCAACAGAACCCGUAUCCGUUGAGCACAGACUUGCUCACCGUCCUACUGUCGUAUUGAACGCAAGAGACGUAAGACGCCAGGAAUAGGCUGUCCGAUGAUGACAGCCAUAGACCAAGUCUGGUCAUGUGAAGAUGGCUCCAAUGGAAGGAGCCGUUGCUCGAGCACAACUCCUAGGGUGACAGACUGCGGCUGAUUCUGCUGCAAGAACUCAGUGAAUGUCGCCUGCUUCUGUUGAUACGAGCGAACGAACAAGUGAUGAAGUUCAGACACCAAAAGAUUUAUUAGAUAGAGCAGACAGCCUACUUAUAAAUUUCGAUCACUC